AUGGAUCAAUCUUACGUGAAGGUCGAUCCGAUGAUGGAACGUCGGUGUUCCAGCCCGGAAGUAGCGGCUGAAUCGCAGACAACCAACAAUCAACAACCAAUUACGGCCCCGCUCAAGAAAAACAGCACGCAGCAGCCGAAAAAUAUUUUUCUCGACAAAAACAAACGCAUUCUAACCUAUCCGAUUCCAAUCCUCCUGGAGAACUUUACAUUUGAACGGAAUGUGGAUACCAAUGAGUACUGUUACAAAAUCCAGAUUGGUGAUUCCCUGGUUCGUCUGCCACUGCUGUGUUCCGGCGGACGCCCUGAUGCAUUUGCCAUCGAUUUAACCUCGCUGAUUGAUUUGGACCAAAAGCUCCAUGGCAGCACUCUCCGUCAUGUCGCAUUUCUGGUCAUCUGGGAACAGCUCACUGAAUCGAUCAGCUAA